AGGAGUGUUGCUGCCAACCUGUCCCAGAAGGUGCGUCUGCUAUGUUGGAUCAUGACUGGACCUAAGAACCUGGAGUCUAGAACCAAACACAUCCGGGCCACCUGGGCCAACCGAUGCAACAAAAUCCUCUACAUGAGUUCAGUGGAGACAGAAUUCCCCACAGUGGGGCUCAACGUAACCGAGGGACGAGACCAGCUCUACUGGAAGACCAUCAGAGCCUUCCAGUACAUCUACCAACACCACCGCAACGACUAUGACUGGGUCCUCAAAGCUGAUGAUGACACGUUCGUGGUCAUCGAAAACCUCCGCUACACCUUGUCCAAACAGGACCCGGAGAAGCCUGUAUACUUUGGGAGAAGGUUCCGCCCGUUCGUCCACCAGGGUUACAUGAGUGGUGGAGCCGGCUAUGUCCUCAGUAAAGAAGCCGUCAGAAGGUUCAUCGAGGGAUUCGACAUGGCGAAAUGUACCCACUUUUCCAUCAUAGAAGACAUGGCUCUGGGGAAGUGUAUGGAGACAAUGGGUGUGGAGCCGGGAGACUCCAGAGAUGUGAAGGGAAGGCAGACGUUUCAUCCCUACCCACCAGACAAGUACCUGAUCAAAAAGCCACCCAGUAAACGGCCUUGGUUUCUCUUGUAUGACUACUACAAACCCAGAGAGGGUCCAGAAUGUUGUUCAGAUCACACCAUAUCCUUUCACUACAUCUACAAUGUACAGAUGUACAUGCUGGAAUAUCUGACCUAUAACCUACGGCCCUACGGAUACCAGUACAGGUACAACCCUGAUUCUGCAGGAACUGAAAGUGAGAGUAACACACCCACACCUGUCUCUGCCUAA